AUGUACUUUUCUCAUUUGCCAGUUUCCUUUUCUCUCUCUAUUUCCUUUCAUAAAUUCAUUUAUGUUUAAGUGAAGCUAAAUAUGGUACAGCAUUGAAUCUGGGGAGUUUCCGGUGAAAUUUUGGGAAUCGGAUUCACUUAAUUGCUUUUACAUUGAGUGUGCUUAGAUCUUAGUCAAUGCCAUACGACUCAAUUACUCUCUUCGCCUGUUAUAGAAGAAAUUACAAUAGCAUUGAAGAAUCAAAGCUUUGCUUUUCGCCUUCUCCAUCAACUUUUGCACUCUGAAGGAGGGUUUUAGGGUAGUUCAAAGAAGAAGGAGAGGGCUUUGUUUUUGACAAUGGCUACUCAGAGAAGGGCUUAUGAUCCUGUCAUUGGGCAAAGAAAUAGAGGCCGGAGUGGCGGCAUGUCAUCUCAGUUUAAAUUUCAGAAUGGUCAUCUGCCAUCUGGGUUAUUCUCCGUUCCAAAGACUCAUGUCACUACUGGCAUUAACUAUGAGGGUGAAUCCGACAUGGAUACCGGUUCUGAAUCUGAUGAGGGUGGAAGGUAUUCACUGGAAACUUCGCCCCAGGAUGAUAAGAUUCCGAAUGGGAGGCGAAAGGGUCAUGCUAAUGGCCCUUCUCGUCCUCGCUCAAUUUUUAGUGAUGGUGAAUUGUCCGACUCAACCAUGAGCUCAGAAGCAAAUUCCUCUCUUCGUUUUGGGGCUCAUCGAUAUGGCACAAAUGUACAAACGAAUGGGGGCAGUGAUAAAAAGGCCUUUAAUACUAGUAUCUUUGAUGACGAUAUUCCAAGUGCACCACCCUUCGUUGGUUCUUUUGAUGAACAUGAUCGAGUUAAAAAUUCUGAGGCAGAUGUUACCUCCAUAUCUGGUACGUCACGUGGUUCUGCAACCACAGGUGAACCUAUCACAUGCUCAAGUACAUCGCAAGAUGCAACACAAAGUAGAAUGCCCAAUACAUCUGGAAGGACUGCUGCUGUAUCGCAUAACCAUUUGUUUUCUCAGUAUCCUACAUUCCAUGCAAGUGGAAGAGGUACUUGGCAUACUUUUGUUUCUUAUGAGGCAUGUGUUCGGCUUUGUCUCCAUUCAUGGGCUAAAGGCUGCGUGGAAGCUCCUGUCUUUUUAGAGAAUGAAUGCGCUUUAUUACGAAAUUCCUUUAGCUUAAAGCAAGCGUUACUGCAACCUGAAGAAGAUUUACUGAGGAAAAUGUCCUCAGAGCUUGUCAGUGAGGGAGCUACCGUUAAGCCUAAGAAAACUUUUGGCAAGAUGAAAGUGCAAGUUCGUAAAGUGAAAAUGGGAUUAGAACCACCAACUGGGUGCAGCUUUUCUUCUAUAAAACCAUCAAAAGAAAAAAUUGAUUCACUUCGCUUUCAGAUUUCCAAUAUAAAGUCUACGGUCAGUUCUGAGUGGGAAGCAAUAAGGAAAAUUCGUGUUGCUCCUAGGCUUCCUAUAAAUGCCACUUUUUCACAGAAAAGCUUGGUUUAUUUGCAUUCUGGUACUCGGUAUAUGAAAGAUGUGUCCGGGAUUAUAAAACUUGGUUUUACUACCUUUAGAAGCAGUUCAAAAUCAUAUGAAGUGGUGCCAGAAAUCUAUUCUUGUUCACUGCGGGUUAAGAGCUUACCUGAGGAUGAUGCUGUGAAAAUGCAGGCUGGGUCCACAGAAAGUCAUAUAUUCUUACCAGACGGAAUUGGAGAUGACUUAAUCAUUGAAGUGCAUGAUUCAAAAGGAGUUUAUUGUGGCCGUGCAAUAGCCCAGGUAGCUGAUAUUUCUGAUGAUCAGGGAGAGAAGCUUCGUUGGUGGCCCAUAUACCAUGAACCAGAGCAUGAUCUUGUUGGAAGAGUACAAUUGUAUAUAAACUAUUCUACCAGUGCUGAUGAAAAUCGCGAUACUAAGUGUGGGACUGUUGCAGAGACUAUCGCAUAUGACUGUGUUUUGGAGGCAGCGAUGAAAGUCCAACAGUUUCAACAGAGAAAUUUGUUGCUUCAUGGUUCUUGGAAGUGGCUGGUAUAUGAAUUUGCAUCAUAUUACGGGGUCUCAGAAGCAUAUACCAAGCUGAGGUAUCUUUCGUAUAUCAUGGAUGUUGCCACACCAACUUCAGACUGUUUGGAUUUGGUGCAUGAUUUGAUCUUACCUGUGGUCUUGAAAGGGAGAACGAAAAAUAGCUUAAGUCACCAAGAGAACCGUAUGUUAGGAGAAGUUUCCGAGAAAGUUGAGGAGAUCAUUGCUUUGGCUUUUGAAAACUACAAGUCUCUCGAUGAAUCACUGCCAACUGGGAUAAUUGAUAUAUUCAGACGUGCUACUGGCCUUGUACCUCCUGCUCUUGCUUCUGCUUUAAAGCUCUAUAUUCUUCUGCACGAUAUACUUUCUCCCGAGGCACAACUGAAGCUUUGUCGAUAUUUUCAGACUGCUGCAAAGAAGAGAUCGAAACAUCACUUGACAGAGACUGAUGAAUUUGUCUCCAUCAACAACGAGAAGAUGAUGGAUCCUGUGGCAAAUUCGACAGCUUAUCAAAAAAUGGUCUCACUUUGUCAGAAUAUAAGAAAUGAAAUUCUGACCGACUUGGAGAUCCAUAGUAAAGAUGUUCUCCCAAGUUUCUUAGACCUUCCAAACCUUUCUUCGGCUAUAUAUAGUGCAGAGCUUUGUAACAGAUUGCGAGCUUUCCUUGUUGCAUGUCCUCCCACUGGCCCAUCAUCUCCCGUGGCGGGGCUUGUUAUUGCGACGGCUGAUUUUCAAAAGGAUCUUAUUUCUUGGAAUAUUAGUCAUGUCAAAGGAGGAGUAGAUGCAAAAGAAUUGUUCAACUUGUACAUAAUCCGCUGGAUCCAUGACAAACGCCUUGCUUUGCUUGAUUUGUGCAAACCUGAUAAGAUAAAGUGGUCUGGCAUGGAUGCACGUCUUUCAACAACGCCUUUUAUUGACGAAAUCUAUGAUCUCUUGAAGGAGACUUUGGGUGAAUAUGAUGUUAUCAUCAGUCGCUGGCCGGAAUAUAUUUUUCCUUUAGAAAGUGCUAUAGCAGAUGUUGAGAAGGCUGUUAUGGAAACUUUGGACAAACAUUAUGCUGAUGUUCUAUCUCCGCUCAAAGAAAAUGGGAUGCCGCUUAAAAUAGGUUUGAAAUAUGUCCAGAAAAUGACUAAAGGGACCGUGUGCCCUUUUACGGUUUCCAAUGAGUUGGGAAUUCUUUUGAAUUCCAUGAAAAGAAUGCUUGAUAUUCUACGCCCCCAGAUAGAAGCUCAGUUCAAGUCAUGGGGUUCUUGUCUUCCUGAUGGGAGCAAUAUGGUCCCGGGAGAGCGUAUCAGUGAAAUAACAAUAAUGCUGAGAACCAAAUUCAGAGGUUAUAUGCAAGCUUUGAUGGAUAAGCUCGUUGAAAAUACGAAGUUGCAGAGUCCUACGAAAUUGAAGAAGAUAAUCCAAGACGCAAAGGAGGGAAUAGUGGAAUCUGAUUUGCGUAAUAGGAUGCAACCUUUGAAGGAUAUGCUGGAAAAUAUAAUCGAUCAACUUCACGCAGUAUUUGAAACUCAAGUUUUCAUAAUUAUUUGUCGAGGAUUUUGGGAUCGAAUGGGACAGGACGUCCUAAAGUUUUUGGAGGACAGAAAAGAUAGCAGAUCCUGGUAUAAAGCCUCUCGUGUUGCCAUAUCCAUUUUAGAAGAUAUAUUCGCAUCCCACAUGCAAAAACUGUUGGGCAAUGCACUUCAAGAGAGGGAUUUGGAACCACCGAGAUCAAUUCUGGAAGUUCGGUCGAUGCUCUGCAAGGAUGCGGUGAAUGACAAAGACAGCAACUUCUUCUAUUAAACGAUAGCCAGCAUAUACAUACAUAUAUAUACAUAAUCUGAAUGGUCCGUUGUCAUCUUUUUCCUACUGGCCGGUUGCUGAAGCAGUUGGUGCAAUGAUUUUUGCUCGUAAUAGCGGAUUGAUAACUGGAAACAGAAACACAAAGAAAGCACUGAUCUCGUCUUCUUGCUGGUAUCAGGAAAUAGCGAAUUGGUAUCUGGAAACUGAAACAUGAAGAAAGCACUGAUCUUGUCUUCGUGCUGGUAUCAACAAAUAGCGGAUUGAUAACUGGAAACAGAAACACGAAGAACUCACUGAUCUUAUCUCGGUUUGAAGACAAGAUUCGCCCAGUUUUGUUAGCUCUGAGGUGCAGAGUGUGGUAGAAUCCAUGUUACUAGUUUUGUAUACUUGAUUUCUGGGUUAGUAUGGUGUAAAUAAUGUGAUUGAACAAAUUGAACUCUGGAUUUAUAUUGCCAAUAUAUAUAUUUUUUAAAAAGUAUUAUGAGCUUCCAA